GGAAUAUACUCCGACCUGCCCACCGAUACUCCAGAGUGACCUCCUUGUCGACAGAGAAAUCCCUUUUUUUAUGGCAGAAACUAUAUGAGGCGAAAGAAGGAUAAUAUUCACUGAGAUCGAAGCGCUGCCUGACUGAUUCCCUCCCAGCCUGAGCUGGUUUGGGCUCAGCUCGGGACUGUUGGCUGAGAGCGUUUGGAGAAGACGAAAAGUUGACUGCUUGACAAAAACGCGGCCUGUGUGCGUGCAGCACUUGUAUUUCCGGGAAAUUUAGCUCGUCAGCGUGUGUGGUCAUCAAUCACAACACUCAACACACACACAAAUUCUCUAUAGCUUGAAUCAGUCACCGAACCAAACCACGGGCAGCCAUGGCUCCCUUUUUCCCCAGCGCCAGAGAAGUAUCGGGCGACUAUCUCACGACCCUCGUUAAACGCACAACAUCGCGUAACUUCCCCAUCUCCCAACUCCGCCAACGCGAGCUCUCCCAUCGGAUUACAGAGAUAGCCCAUCCCCUCGCCCCGCGCGCUGAGCAUCAUUCAAACCCAGUCGAGCCCAGUCGAGGUAUCGUUAACCCGACCAGCAUAAACAUGGGAGGCCUGAUGGCCCUUUUUGCUAUCAUAGGCGCCGCGUUCGUGCUGGCCGGCAUUUGGUUCUUCUUCUGGGCGAAGAAUGGCGGCUUUGUUUGGCGCAAAGGUGACUGGGAAGAAUACAAGUCCACAGUACUACGCCGGAAGGACUCUGACGGCAGGACACUCAGCAACGCCACCAAGAGCACAGCUCUGGGCGGCGGGAGUGUUGUGGGUAAGGGUUACGGCGAUUACCAGAGUAGCACCGAUGCUGCGACCACAGUUGAUGGCACUGUCGUAUCGGGCGAGAAGCCGCGGCGCAAAGGUAUCAGGGAGACCGCCAAAGAGAAGUUGUUGCGGAGACGGAGGGAUGAGGAGUGGGAGGGCGGUGCAGAUGAAGAUAUGCGUGCAUACCGCCAUGAGAAACCUGCGAAAGUAGGUGGGUUAAACCGCGAACCGGACGGCGAAUACCAUUCCUCGGACUACACAACCUCCAACGGCCGCGAGGACAGCGAGUGGGGCCAGAGCCAGGCGCAGACACAUAGUGACAUCGGUCCACUGCCCGGCCACGAGUCGGACCGCCACCACUCGCAGCGCCAACGAAACGCUUCCGGCUUUUCCUUCACCACCGGCGAGGACGAUGUCAUGACGGUCGCCACGGAGGAACAGCGAUUGCAUGACCAUGCGCCGCCCCUUUCCUCCCGACACCAUGACAGCAGCCACCACCGCCGCCACCAACACCGUAGCAGCCACGGUUCCGACGCGCCAUCUACUUCAACCCGCCCACGCGGGCCGCGCCCAAACGCUCCUGCUCCUGCGCCUGCUUCUAAUCGGUCUCGCCAGUCGAGUCCGCGCAAGCGGGAGCGGACCGCGAUGCCGGGCAGUUAUGCGGCGCCGCUGGAUAUAGCGUCUUCGACACAUGGUUCGGACUACACGUAUGAGCAGGUGAGCCUUGCGGAGCCGGAUACCGGCACGGGCACGCGGAGCUACCAUCAUCCUAUCCCGGGGUUGUCAAAGGGGUAUCGGCGUGCUGAUGAUGGAGGGCGAGGCGGAGGGGGAGGGAGGGGAAGGAGAGAUAGUUUGAGUGACAGUGAGGGGGAAGAUUAUGAUAGUCGGGUAUCCUAG